GUGAGUGGCUUUGAGGGGGACGGUAGUGGUGGCAGAAGCGUCCGAAGGGCCUGUUUCCACACUGUAGGGAUUCUGUGCUGACCUCUUUCCAGAAAUUCGUGCUGUUGUUUCUCACCUACGGGAUCCUCAGUCCUUGCCUCCUGCCAAGUGUCCACUUCCCACUGUGGGGUGCGGGAGACCUCCUGCGCCAGAGUUGCACUCAUUUCCCCGGCAGGCUGGUCCAUUCCACCUCCCACCCCCAGGAAGGGGAGCUCUCCGCCUCCCGCCCCCACCCCACUGUGCGGAAGCCGCCCUGGGUUUUGUGAUGGCAAGAGCUGAUGACAGGAGCAGAGUGUCGCCACAGCGAUCGGAAGUGAACCAUCAUGAGGAACUUGGUGUACUGUGUUACUGGACUGAUGACAAUGGGCUUUGUUGCUUUUCACCUCUUGGCCUCUUCUUGGUUGAAAGCUGACGUUACGAAUAAAUUUGUCAAGAACUCCAUUCCGUCUCCAAGCAAAGUGAAUGCCUCCAAAGAAAUCUACCACAGACAAUCGAUCAACCUGACUGAUGGGAAAACCACUUUCCACAUGGACUUGAACCGCUUUCAGAAGGAGUACGGCUACAUGCAAGACUACAGUUGUAAAGUUAAGAUCAGCAACCCUAAAAUGUGCACUGCACCGGAGAACAGCUCGUUACUGUUAAUCGCAACCAACUCCGUUCCGAGUUCGUUCACUAGGAGGGGAGCAUUGAGAAAAGCCUACGCCAAACGGCAACAAAUUAAGAACUACCAGGUAGUCACGGUUUUUAUGUUAGCAGUGUCCCGCAGUGAAAAAUUGAUGGAGCUCAUAGCUUACGAGUCCCGUUAUUACGGGGACAUCAUUGUGUGGGAUUUUGAAGAGCAUCGAGCCAAUUUAACCCUGAAGAUAAGCUGCCUCCUGCAAUGGCUGAACGAGGAAUGCACGGCAGCAGACUUUUUCGUGAAAGCUGACGACGAUGAAUUUGUCAACCCUGAGGCGAUUGUGAACUACGUCACAACUGACAACACCUCAGAGAAAGUUAUUUCUGGUUACGUCUUUCAACGAAGCAUGGUCUACCGAUUUGGCAACAACAAAAUUCUGCCAGACCCACUGAGCCUUUUCAGCAACACAGUGGCUCAGCGGUUAGCACUGCUGCCUUACAGCGCCAGGGACCUGUGUCCGAUUCCAGCCUCCGCCUGGGUUUCCCCCCACAAUCCAAAGAUGUACAGGAACUUGGUGUACUGUGUUACUGGACUGAUGACAAUGGGCUUUGUUGCUUUUCACCUCUUGGACUCUUCUUGGUUGAAAGCUGACGUUACGAAUAAAUUUGUCAAGAACUCCAUUCCGUCUCCAAGCAAAGUGAAUGCCUCCAAAGAAAUCUACCACAGACAAUCGAUCAACCUGACUGAUGGGAAAACCACUUUCCACAUGGACUUGAACCGCUUUCAGAAGGAGUACGGCUACAUGCAAGACUACAGUUGUAAAGUUAAGAUCAGCAACCCUAAAAUGUGCACUGCACCGGAGAACAGCUCGUUACUGUUAAUCGCAACCAACUCCGUUCCGAGUUCGUUCACUAGGAGGGGAGCAUUGAGAAAAGCCUACGCCAAACGGCAACAAAUUAAGAACUACCAGGUAGUCACGGUUUUUAUGUUAGCAGUGUCCCGCAGUGAAAAAUUGAUGGAGCUCAUAGCUUACGAGUCCCGUUAUUACGGGGACAUCAUUGUGUGGGAUUUUGAAGAGCAUCGAGCCAAUUUAACCCUGAAGAUAAGCUGCCUCCUGCAAUGGCUGAACGAGGAAUGCACGGCAGCAGACUUUUUCGUGAAAGCUGACGACGAUGAAUUUGUCAACCCUGAGGCGAUUGUGAACUACGUCACAACUGACAACACCUCAGAGAAAGUUAUUUCUGGUUAUGUCUUUCAACGAAGCAUGGUCUACCGAUUUGGCAACAACAAAGUGAGCAAAUAUCUUUUGGUCAAUGACAUCUACCCAGACUUUCCAGCUGGUGGAGGAUACAUGGUGCCGAGAUCAUUCAUUCCAGAGCUGAACUGGAAAUCCAAGACUUUGCCUGCUUUCCCUGUUGAUGACGUUUUCAUGGGAUUUCUGGCUCUUGCUUGCAAGAUCCCACUGAGAAACAAGAAAGAGUUUUAUAUGUGGGGACUCCAGUACUCAGUGCAGCAUUUUAAGGAUGCAUUUAUUGUACAUUCAUUAUCUCCAGAAAAGAUUAUAGAAAUGUGGGAAAUGUUACAAAAGGAAAAACAAAGAUUAAUUGCAUAAAGAUCUUAAUUACUUGGGCGAGUGGGAAAGCUUUAUCUUCAGAUACUAUUUGGUGUCCCCAAUACUCUCCAGGACCACUAGUUAAAUCCAGAUAUUAGGUUACAUGGCGAGACAUCAUAUUGUUUGAUGUUAUUCACCUUUAACUUGCUUAUGCUAAUUUUGCUUCCUUGUAAGAAAAGGAAUAUUGCAGUUGGUGUCCGGGGGUCGAGAACAGGUGAUUAGCAAACUGUGUAAGGUCGGUGCAAUGGGUUUUCCAGUGAAAGGGCGGAAGGGGGAAAUGGUGAGGUUGGAUAUGUUUGGAGGUGUGGGUCAAUUGAUUGAUUGGAACUGGGAUUUCAUACAAUCGGAGGCUCCAGGAACAGAUGGAAGCAGAGUCAGCAACCCUCCAGCUAGACACAGUCCAUUUGCCAGGAGAUGAAUUACAACGACAACUUUCUUUCAUAUCUUGUCUUUGAUCUAGCAAAAUUUCCCACAGUACUUCACUGGAGUGAUUAUCAAGUAAAGUUUGACUUGGAGCUAAGUGCGGAGGUUUUAGGACUGAUAAGCAAAAACACUUGGUCAACCAGCAAGCUAUCAGGCAGUCUAUAAUGUGGAAAGGUUUAGGGAGAGAAUUCUAGAGCUAAGAGCUAACUAAAUAUGGGGGAACACAUUGGUAGCAUGAAGAGAAUUGGUAAGUGUGCAAGAGUCCAGUGUUCGAGGAGCACCGAGAUAUGUGAGUAUGAGUAUUGAUUUCGUGGCCUGAUGUUGUUUCUGCACACUCUACAUUUUGUCCUUCGACAAAACUGGCAAUGUCCAAUAAUGAGACUGAGUCACCACAUUUAGCCAGCAUUGUGGUGAUUUAAUCGGUGGAUAUGGAGAUAUUCAGAGAUUCCCAGAUCCUGGAUCAGACCACAGUUAAUCCUCGUGCAACAGUGGGUUUUUAAAUCUCCCUUGCUUCAUUCUGUUGAUUUAGCUGAUUUUUUAAAAAAUUGAUUUAUUUUGAUUGUGUAUGGAAUGCUGUAACUGUGAUUGCCAGUACUGCUGAGCACUUCUAGGAAUA